GGCUUGUCAAAAGCUUUUCAAUAAUACCUAAAUUUGUUUGUACUUAGAAAAUUAACAACUGUUGUCCACAAAAAAAGUUUAAAAUACAAAACCACAACCAAAAAAAUGUCUGCUUCACGUCGUUUGAGUCGCGAACUGAGCGAUAUUUUAGCUUCCAAAUCGAAAAUUCUGCGCAACAUUGAAGCCUCGGACGAAUCGUUGCUACUGUGGACAGGACUUUUAGUGCCAGAGAAAGCACCUUAUAAUAAGGGCGCAUUUCGCAUUCAGAUUAGUUUCCCAACUCAAUAUCCGUUUUUGCCACCAAAGAUACACUUUAAAACGCAGAUCUAUCAUCCCAAUAUCAAUGAGAAGGGCGAAGUCUGCCUCCCAAUUAUCACAGCCGACAACUGGAAGCCAACCACAAGAACCGAGCAGGUUCUUCAAUCUUUGAUUGAAAUUGUGCAUAGUCCCCAGCCCGAGCAUCCACUGCGUUCCGAUUUGGCGGAAGAGUACGUAAAGGAUAACAAAAAGUUUAUGAAAACGGCUGAGGAGUUCACCAAAAAGAAUGCCGAAAAACGUCCUUAAUAAGACAAUACAAUACAGUACAAAUUUUAAAUCUUCUUUAGGAUUACUAAGAUAACCAGGAGUAAAUUGGGUAUAGCUCUUUGAUCUUAAUAUAAUCCAACUUAAAUGAUGUUCUAAACUGGCACUAAAAUGGAAUCUAGCAUCUGCAAAGUUAUUUACAUGCCAAGUGCUGCCUGUUUGGUCAUUACAUAAUUCACAGUUAACACGGCAACAUGGUAAGGCAAGCUACCAAGUUGUCCAGAACGGAGUUUACCAUGGAAACUAGCUAAAUUUAAUGUCACACACAAUGCUUAUUCAGACUCUAAGAGAUGUUGCCGCUUGUGGUCUUGAUAAUUAAUUUAGAGGCUAUUAAUAUAAUUCAAGUUCAAGAUGACGAAAGGCCUGAUAAUUCUAAGAAUGUAAUUACAAGUACAAAGAAAAA